AUGGGGGCAAACAGCUCGCGUGAGCGACGCUCUCAGCGUCGUAGUCAAAGCAACGCGGUGACACCUCCAGCCAACAUGCCUCCACACCUAGCAAACCAGUACAGCAACCGACGUCAAAUGCCAAACAAUGGCAACAAUGUGCCAACAGCGCCAAAUUACGAUGCAUCGCGGCCAGCGCCAACACUCCCACCACCACCACCACCAGCAGCAGCACAGCAGCAGCAGCAGCAGCCUUCUUCUCCUUCUGGAAACGCCGACAAUAAUAACUCGGCGAAUAACAAUCAACGGGGUGUUCAGGAGGGACAAAUUGUAAAGAUGUUGGCAACUAUUGAUGCCUCUUCAGUGGAUUACGAUCCAACUAUGCAGCGACUCAAGUUUCGCGUUACAAGCGUCUGCCCUUUUUUGUCAUACGAAAUUCAUACCGGUGUGAAGGAAUACAUCAGAGGGGGAGAGGUUUUUUAUAUGCCAAACAAGCCCAAAAUGGAGCCGCCGCGUCUCACGCUUGAAGGGCCACAGGAAAAUAAGGAGAUCAAUGUGCAUAUUGAUGUGUCCAAGUUAGAGGAAAAAGAGCGUGUCUAUAACAAACAUUACCCCAAGCAGCAGCCGUGUGUCAUUGUUUUGCGUUACCGUAUAAAGGAAUUACGUAAGCAGGAGAAUAGCAGCGCAAAUGCCUCUCCAGUUGAGGAGAUUGUGGAGCACACGGAACACACCGCGGUGGAUCUUGCUGAAAACCCAAAGAGGCGGGUAAUCAGUCAGAUUAUUACUGCUGGGGGUUCAGCGUAUGUGGUAGAAGACUUAUUUGGAGUGGAUGGAGAUAGCCCGGGUGCGGCUAAUGGCAAUCCGGAGGUGAUGCUCGGAACCACCAUUGUGCCUCAUGAAGGCGAGGAAGAUGAGGAUGGAUUGUGUGUUAUUUGUCUGACCGUCCCAAAGGACACCGCAGUCAUGCCAUGUCGUCAUAUGUGUCUUUGCAAGGGUUGUGCAGAGGAGUUGAUGCGUCACACACCCAAAUGUCCUGUAUGUCGAGGCUUCGUUUCGACACUUCUCCAUAUGCCGUCGAUAAAUGGCAACAGCCCUGCAUGA